AUACCGUCUAAGUUAUGGUGCCCUUGCCAAUGAAACACAGUCACUGUUGACAAGGAAAUUUGAUAGAUCCUCACAACAUGGAGUCAUGGAAGAGUUAAAGCAAAUGGGUAGGAGACUCUUGGUUCUGGAAAAAGAAUGUCACAUCCCUAUUCAUAUAAAAGAACAACACAAGCAGGUACUGCAAAAAUGGAUAGUUCAUGGGGAAUCUUUUCAAGAAACAAGGGCUUAUAAAAGAGCGAAAGAGAUAAUCGACGAAAGAGGAGUUCUGUUUAUUGUUGGUGGUCCAGGAAGCGGGAAGACCUUUAUUGCAAGGCAUUUAGCUAUUCAGUUUCAGACACAAAAGUGGGAAAUCAUUCCUGUUGGAAGCCCUGAUGAAAUCCGGCAAUAUUUGUAUCCUGUGAUAAAUCAAAUGUUUGUCCUUGACAACCCAUUCGGAAGCUUUGGUUUAGAUAUGUCAAAGUAUGAUUGCUUCAUGGAAUUGUUUGACUAUCUUUCUUGUCUUUCAAAAGUAUCUUCUACAAAAAUUAUAUUUACCUGCAGAAAAAAUGUGUAUGUAGAAUGCAACGAUCUUGAGCCUUUUCCUUUCGAAGCAGAAAGUACUAUAGAUAUAGAAAGCAAUGAAUACCAUUUAAAUGGUGAAGAAAGAUUAAGAAUUCUAGAAACUUACUGCAUCAAAAGAAACAUCCCCAAGGUUACCUAUGAACAUAUUUCUGUUGAAAACAAUUAUCCAAUGUUCCCUCUUUUAUGUAGCUUACUUCGUGAGGGAAUGGACAUACACCAGAGACUAAACCAUCCUAUAGAAUGCUUGCAAAAGGAGCUUCUAAUUAUGCGAAAGUGUGAAUCCAUUACCUUCGUCGUUCUAGUAUUAUGCGUGUUUCGAAAUAAUACUUGUGCAGACAAAUUCCUUGAUGAAAACAGACAAUUAUUAUCAGAAUUACUAUCAAAUUGUGGACUGAGUCAUAACACGCCUAUAUCAGCAAUACGUGAUGCUUUCAUUAAACUUGAAGGAACCUACCUCUCAGACGUGAAGGACAGGAUAACGUUUACCCACGAUUCAGUAUUUGAAGUUGUAUCUCAUAUGUAUGGAAAGGAAAACACACGGCAUUUUCUCGAGAACAUAUCUUUUGAAUACCUUAACAAUAAUGUUGAGAUUGUGACAUCUAGAAAAAUCAGUUCAAAUUCGUCAAUCCUGCAGCUACAACUAGAAGAUUGUUUUCAUUUGUCAGUACGAAUAUAUAAUGAAAUAAGACAAUUGAAUUACCAUUUAGUUUUCGGAUCAAAAAAGUCUUUUCUUAAAGACACUAAAUUCAUAACAUCUUUUCUUCGAUUUCUGGAUUGGGUCCAAUUUGCGGAAAUUGUAGAUAUGUUUCUGGUAGAUCAUUUACAUAGUUCAAAGUGGUUUGAUUUUGAGGAUGUGUAUUCAUUUCAAGGACACAAAAGCUUCCGUCGAAGAAUUCUUACGAGUCACAGCUCUGAUAAAAAUAUGCAAAAAGUGCGAGCAUUAAGCUGGGUACUGGCAUUCGGUCACAAGGAAAUACUUUGCUAUUUGAUAAAAAGAGCAAAAGAAGAAAUGCAUGGAGAACUCACAAGACUCGAAGUUUGGGAAUUGUUCCUCACAGAUGACCUACAAGAGCAAACAAGAUUAUUAAUGUUAGCAUGUCUAAGUGGAGAAUUAAAAAUUGUGAAUUUUGUGACUCGACACUUCGAUAAUGAUUGUUUGAAGAUUGAAUACCCUACUGGGCUUUAUGUCCCAAUCCUUGUCAGUUGUCUAACGCCAUAUCCUCACGUUGUAGAGGCUCUUAUACGUGCUGGAGCAAAUGUUAAUGCCACAGAAAAUGCGUAUUAUAAUGUGCGUGAUACCUCCAUUUUAAUUGCUGUAAAAAAUAAGCAUACAUUUGUCGUUAAAGUUCUUAUUGAAUACGGAGCUGAUGUUAACAAAUGCAACUUGAAUGGCGAAACACCAUUAAUUAUUGCAUCACGAAUCGGAAGCUUAGAAAUUGUUAAACUAUUAGUUGAAAAUGGUGCUGAUGUUGAAUUUCUUGAUAUGGAAGGUAAAACAGCUUUAUUUUACGGGAUAAAAAAUCGUCAUGCUCAAAUUGUAAAUUUCCUUCUAGAGAAGGGAAGUGAUGUAAGCAAAUUCAUCGAUGACAAACAGUCCAUAUCAGUUUUGGAUUUGCACUUUAUUGUAGACUGUCCUUCUUCUGUUCAAAAUAUUGAAAGGAUAAUGUACAGGGCAGCUGAAUUUGGUCGUAUAGAUAUUUUAGAAUAUAUAAAUGAGCAGAAAGAAAAGGCACAGUUUCCGGAGUUAGAUAUGAAUUUUCUGGUAUAUGUAACGUGUAAGAAUGCUCAAUUUGAUGCAUUGAAUUAUCUUAUUAAAAAUGGUUUCGAUGUCAAUUUUUGUGAUGAACAACACACUACCCCGCUGUGCGCCGCGUCGGGUGAGGGAGACCUCUCCAUUGUUUCCUUCUUAAUUGAAAACGAAGCAGUUAACCCGAACCAGAUUGAUGUUCAUCAAAAAUCUGCGCUGCAUUGGGCAACAGAAAAUAGUAAGCAAGUUGUUAUUGAAUAUCUAGUUAAAAAAGGAGCGUCUGUCAACAUUCUCGAUAUAAAUAAGACAUCUCCUUUGCACAAUUCCUGUGCUAAAGGCAAUUACGAAAUAGUGCGUUUUCUCCUGACACAUGGCGCUGACUUGAAUGUAAAAAUGAAAGGGGGGGAAACUCCUCUAUUCUGUGCUAUUGCAAAUGGACGACUUAAAAUAAUGGAACUUCUUAUAAAGCGUGGUGCAGAUAUUCAUACGUUCGAUUCCAGAAAUGUUUCACUAUUACAUUUAGGUUCAAGGUUGGGGAAUAUUCGAAUAGUGCAAAGAUUGGUUGACCUAGGCUGUGACACUAAUAAAUGCGACAGAAAAAAUGGAAACGAAGACAUUGUUGGACUUUCUUCCAGAAAUUUUGCAAACGUGAAUACUGCUGAUUUACAGUGUCAGACACCGCUGCAUAUGGCAGUACAAAAUAAUCAUACAGGUGUAAUACAACUUUUACUAAAGCAUGGAGCAGAUGUCAAUGCUGCCGACAAAUUCGGAAAAACUGCAUUUGAUUAUGCUAGUGACGAAAUUCUAAACGAAUUCUUGUUUGUUAUCCUAGGAGCUUAUUCAUAAAGAACGACUAGUUAAAUAUUUCAUAUUGUGAAGGAAUUUAUCUUGUAUAAACUUGGGAACAAAUAUCCUAACAUUAGAAAUAUAUAUUCAAAAAAUGAACUGUUUUUUUCAAAAAGAAUUGCUUGCUUUCAUCUAUAAGAAUUUCAAUUGUAUCUCAUUUGGUCUUUACAAUGAACAUUACAUCGAAUAUUGCCUGACUUUUAAUGUAAUUUUGAGACCAUUACUGAUAUGUAUAAAGUAAAUCCUCUUUGCCAGAUUAAUACAAAAUUUUUGUGGCUUGAGUGAUACGACAUUGGACGGCUAGAUGACAUAUGGUCAAAUGUUUCUCUUUAGGACAGAUUAUGAUGCAAACAAUAAAUGAA